AUGUUCAUAGGUACUCUUUUAUUACAACCUUUGACUUUUCUUUUUUUUCUCUCCAGGAUCAUCUCUGUCGGGGGCGACGGCAUGUACUCCGAAGUGAUGAACGGUCUGGUAUUAAGAACUCAAAAGGACGCUGGAGUUGAUCACAACACUCCCGAGGCCCGCAUGCAACCAUGCGAUAUACCAAUUGGAAUCAUACCUGCAGGUUCCGGUGAUGUUCUCUGCAUGUUCCUUUAUGGUACCCGGGAUCCAGAAACUUGUGCUUUACACAUUAUUAAAGGUUUCCAACGAUCAACGAAUAUUUAUAGCGUUCAUUAUGGCCACAAAUUGGCCUGUUACUGUGGAUUGAUACUUGGUUUUGGCUUCAGCGGUUAUUUGAUGCGUUCCUCCAACAAACACAGGUGGAUAGGACCAGCGCGAUAUACAGUUAUGAUUCUCGUCUAUAUGUUGAAACACGCCUUUUUUAAAAUGAAUGUACGAUACCUUGCAGUCAACCAAAAUGGCGGCCGAGAAGAGUCAAGGACAAAUGGUAACUGUACAUCAAACGUCGAUGAAGUGAAAUGGACCAGUUUGAUGGGAGAUUUUCAUUCUAUUGACACAUGGGCAGUGACCCUUGCCAGAAACGGGGAAUUUCUCCAGCCCCUCUUCGGAGACACCACCAGCACCGUGAUCAUGCUCAACAAAUGCGGGCGACUAGAACAUCUUAAAUAUUUGGAACAACUUUCGAAGUUAAAAAGUGUUUGUGUAAGUCACUGUGCUCCUAGCAGUACAUCAUUUUUCUUUUCUUUUCUUAUUUUUAGUUCGUCCUUCAAAUGA